UACCUAUUACGCCCACCCGUACUUCUUUCAAAUUCCAUAAUCCCCCUUCUAAAAGCUGACAUUUUUCUCUUCAAUUCUCUGUUAGGGUUUUUUUUUUUUUGUUAAUCUUCAACUCCUCCUUUUUCUUCCUUCAGACUAGGGCUUUAGUUUCCAUUCUCUUUCAUUUGGAUCCCAAUUCAUUAUUUUAGGGUUUUCAAUGCCUGAUUGUUGAGUGAUUCAUCGAUUUUUCUCAUUUGAAGGUAUAGCCUGUCACUUUGAUAUAGAACUGGAGUUAUCAGCAUGUUUGGCUCCAACAUUAGCAGAGCCACUAUCAUAAGCUGUUUCUUCCAUUUAGCUGAAUGGCAUCCUCUGGAAUAGCGAAGCUGCAUUGGGCUUGAGCCCUCUGUAUCCCACUCUUGUAUUUCAGGUAUGUCACUGAUCGUGUAUUGAAAAUUUUAAUUAGGAGUUGAUUUUUUCGGAGGCUGAGAAAUCUGUAACUGCUUUGAAGUUUGAGCUUUUGAUGUAUCAUAAGAACUAUUCACUUGCUAGAGUAAUGGGCUGUUGUAGCUGUUUUGGGUUCACUUGGAAGCCCAGACAGAAAACAACACCCAUUUCUGUGAGGAAUCAUAAUCUCUCCCAGGAGUUUUUGCUGGAUGAAGAAAUUGAUGAUGAUUAUGAUGGCUCAUAUAAUGGUGACAUCACUGACACUGCUUACGGUGAGGAUGGUGAGUUGCCAACCCCUGUCAAACAUUCGGAAGAGAUUUUAAGAUUUAGAGAACAGAAUGGAAUGGUUUGCAGGCAAUUUCCAGUGAAGGAAACCCAGAAACUUGUUCGUUCAGAGGAUGAGGAUGGUAAUAAGAUGGUCAAUGAAUAUGUUCGGGUGUGUAAGAUUGGUGCAGGUAGCUAUGGAAAAGUGGUUUUGUAUCGGAGCACUGUAGAUGGAAAGAAUUAUGCAAUCAAGGCUUUUCAUAAGUCUCAUUUAUUGAAACUGCGAGUUGCACCGUCAGAGACUGCCAUGAGUGAUGUUCUCCGUGAGGUUUUAAUCAUGAAAAUGUUGGACCACCCUAAUAUUGUCAAUCUCAUUGAGGUGAUUGAUGACCCAGAUGCAGAUCACUUCUACAUGGUUCUCGAGUAUGUAGAUGGAAAAUGGGUCUGGGAAGGUUCUGGUCCUCCUGGUGGGAUUGGAGAAAAUACUGCUAGAAAGUACUUGCGGGAUAUUGUAUCUGGGUUAAUGUAUCUCCAUGCCCAUAAUAUAGUGCAUGGUGAUAUUAAACCUGAUAAUCUGUUGGUCACUCAAUCGGGUACGGUGAAGAUUGGAGAUUUUAGCGUUAGCCAAGUAUUUGAGGAUGAUAAUGAUGAGCUUCGGCGAUCUCCUGGGACCCCUGUUUUCACAGCACCGGAGUGCUGUCUAGGGCUGACCUACCAUGGCAAAGCUGCUGACACAUGGGCAGUGGGGGUGACUUUAUACUGUAUGAUUCUUGGACAAUACCCAUUUCUUGGUGAAACACUGCAGGAUACAUAUGAUAAGAUUGUUAACAACCCUUUAGUGAUCCCGAAUGAAAUGAACCCACAGUUGAAGGACUUACUUGAAGGACUUCUUUGCAAAGACCCAAAGCAAAGGAUGACAUUAGAUUCUGUAGCAAUUCAUAGUUGGGUUAUUGGAGAAGAUGGACCAAUACCACAGUAUCUAUGCUGGUGCAAACGUAAUAGCCUUCAGACGAAAUUUGAAACGCACAUGACCCUCACCGAAUCUGAUGAGACUCGUACUGACUAAAUUAUUUUUCAAUUAUGAUUUUUUUUUUUGGGCCAUGUAUAGUAGGAACCCAGGAUUCUCUUUCGUUUUGUUUUCUAUUUAAAUUUCCGACUUCAAAGGAGACCGGUUUCCAGCAAAGUUCUCUGGAAUAUGUGAGAUAUGAGAGGCAGUUGCUGUGAUGAUUAAGCUUUCAAAUGAAAAAGAAGAAAAUGGAAAUGAUGGUUGGGAUAAACUGUCAUGAAUUUAUUGUUUAUUUUUUUACUCGUGUAUUUGACCUGAUGUUGGGAAUAUUAUAUUUUAGGUGAGUUUUUGUCUGAAGCAAACCUGCUUUUUCUUC